CAUGUCCACGUCCACGUGCUGCCCAGGAAGGCUGGGGAUUUUAAGCACAAUGACCGCAUCUACGAUGAGUUACAAAACCACGAUCAAGAGGAUAACGACAUACCAUCCAAGUGGAGAUCAGAGGAAGAAAUGGCAGCAGAAGCUUCAGAUCUGAGGAAGCAGCUCUAGAAACCUGAACCAAUGAUGUCAGUAAUUCAAUAAAGGCAGCACUGCCAUGAACAUAAAGUUAACAAAUGCAAUGUGAAAUAUAAUAAAAAAUAUUAUUGUGUUUUA